AUGUCCUCGCGCGUCUCUACGAGCUCCCCGUCUCGACCACCGCCCGUCCAGACUCAGCACCACCGUUCGCAGCAGCCGACCCGCAUGAGGCACGCACACCACACCCCUGGCAUCAUCACCCUCCCGCAGGCCAAGCUCGGCGAGUCGGGGCCGUCCUCAGCCUCGUCCGCCUCGCCCUCUCGCCACUCGUCCCCGCGCUCGACCCCUCCCUCGUCAGUCGACAAGCCCGUUCCGACAGUCGAGCAGGGCGAAGGGAAGAGGCGUAGGAGGACCAAGGCGAACCGCGCAGAGACCCCGUUGAAGGCGGAGGCUGUCUUCGCCGAGACGCUGGCGGACGCUCCCGAACAGGCUGUCAGCGCGAGUGACAACUCGGACAAUGCUGGAGCUGCCGCAGCUGCCACGCCGUCCAAGUCUGCACGCCGCCGCAGGGGUCGCGCGAACCGCCAGCCGAGUCCUCCCUUGCCGCCCGACGCCUCUGCUUCCUCGGGUCUCGACCAACCUGCUCCCGCCUUCGCCUCGACGACCCCUCCCCGUUCCGACUUUGCCGCCCUCGCAGGACACUCGCGGUCUGUCCCUCCCGACCCUCUUUCGGUCCGCCAGCACCAGUACUCGCUCGCGGAUGCGUGGGACAUGCCAGCCGUCCCUCAACAGUCGUCCGACAAGCCGAAGGAGAGCUUGUCAUGGCAGCAGGAGCUCCUUCGCAGCGGUUCGCUCAACAGUCACUCGCGCAACGGCAGUAACAGCAAAGCCGGCGACUCGCCCGCCGCCCGCACGCGCUCGCGCACCGCCAAGUCCACCGCGAACCCUCAGCCCGCUUCGAACACCAACAAGUCUCGCCCGCCGCUCACCACGUCCGUCUCCGACUAUGGUACCUCGACGAACCCCACGCUCAACUGGCAGCAAGAGAUGCUCCUCCGCACCGACGACGCCCAGCUCGUCCAGCAGCAGUCCUCCUCCACGAACGCCUCGUCGACUCUCACGCCCGCCCGCCAGCGCCGCAACCAGAUCAAGGACAGUAUCACCUUCGGGGUCGCCGGUCUCGACUUGAGCGAGGACGACACGGACGUCUUUGGCUCGUCCGCCUCGACGCCGCGCCGCCAGCAGCAUCAGCAGCAGCAGCGUCCGCGCGCCCAGCAGUCCACGCCUGUCCUCUCAACCGGCUCGACGGGCUAUUCGACACCUGUCAAGGUCGCUCCCGAGGCUCGUUACGCCGGACCGACGUUCCACAACUCGCCUGCGCCGAGUUUGCUUCCUGUCCCGUCGUUCCUCUUGCGCCGCAAGGCCGAGGGCGUUGCGAACUAG